AUGUCUGAUUCUAUCGUUGCUGUUACAUCGGCCGCCUCUCCUAUUGCCAUUGCACAAGCGGAGAAAAAGGUCACUGUCAAGAAGGCAACUGCCGCCAAAUCGAAAAAAGCUACAGCUCCACCAUCACAUCCGCCAACCCAGCAAAUGGUCGACGCGUCAAUCAAGAAUUUGAAGGAGCGCGGUGGGUCAUCACUUUUGGCAAUUAAAAAGUACAUUAGUGCCACAUAUAAAUGCGAUGCCCAGAAAUUGGCCCCGUUCAUUAAGAAAUAUUUGAAGUCAGCUGUUGCAAAUGGAAAACUCAUCCAAACAAAAGGCAAAGGCGCAUCUGGUUCGUUUAAAUUAUCUGCGGCCGCUAAAAAAGAGCCAAAGCCAAAAGUCAGUUCCGUCGAGAAAAGUAAGGCAAAAGACGCAAAGAAAAGUGGUACAGUUAAGGCAAAAUCAACUACAUCGAAGCCUAAAUCGAGUGCUGUAAAACCAAAAACUCCAAAGGCCAAAACUACUACUACUAGUGCCAAGCCAAAGACGACAGCAUCGGCACCGAAAAAACCAAAGGCUGCAGCUUCCGCCAAAAAGGCAAAGACAGCAGUAGUCAAGAAAUGA